AUGCCCGCCUCCCUGGGUCCCUUCGACGCCCCCAAGGCCCGCUCCUCGCCGCCCCCGGGCCCGCCCCGCGACUACGACAGCGCGUCCCGCUCCGACUCGUCCGCCACCGCCGCCCGCCCGUCCUCGUCCUUCAUCGCCAAGCGCCAGUCUCCGCCCCACUCCGACUCGUCGGGCUCCCCGCGCUCGAGCGGCUCGCAUACCCACGCCCCGCCGUCCCGCUCGGACUCGCCGUUCCCGCAGGCGUACCCCUCCGCCGUCAACCUCAGCGCGCCCCCGCCGCCAUGGUCCUCCGACAGCGAACCCGGCGAACCGUUGCUCGGCUGGGCGCAGCGCAGCCUCCGCCAUAGAGGCGAUCGCCCGCGCUGGUGGGCGACGGACGAUGCGUCGCGGCGACGCCGACGAAGAGACGGAUGGUAUCUUCAAAUCCGCAGGCUCUACAGGAACGUUCGUCGAACGCUCCGACAUCCAUGUCUCCCCUCCCAGCCCCUCACCAUCUUUUUGACGGCGCUGCUUUUCAUCGCAUUCGUCGUCUCCGUCACGCUCCUCUUGAUGCACAUCUUGAACCCGGAUAAGGAACCGCUGCCAUGGCGCGCCUACUGCUCUGUACCGUCCCCCUACUCUUCCCCGCAUUACCCACAUAUUCCUUCCGCUCCCUCUGCUCUACCGCACACCGCGUCCCUAUAUGCCGUGCCGUUUCCCCCACCCAACUUGGAGACGUUCGCGCCCGUCGGUCUCUUCGUCGGCAUUUUCUCCAUGGACUCGUAUUUUGAACGUCGCAUGCUCAUUCGGACGACAUGGGCCAAUCACCCACGCAGUCGGGAGGGUGCAGGAGAGGGCGACGGAGGUCGCGGGACAUCUCGUACGAUCGUGCGCUUUAUUUUGGGUCAGCCGCGGAAAGGAGAUUGGGAGCGCAGGAUAAAGCUUGAGAUGGAGAAGUACAACGAUAUCAUCAUCCUCCCCAUCCAAGAGAACAUGAACUCGGGGAAAACCCACUCGUACUUCAGCUGGGCAGCCGAGAAUGCAUGGGUCCCGCCCGUAUCGCCCGGCAAUGACCUUACAACUCCUCCGCCCUUUUCCUACUCGGACUUUCGGGGACCCGCCCCCCCUCGGGCAGAGCACGAUCCUUCGCCGACGUCCAACGGCUCGUGGGUCCGUCCUGACUUUGUCGUCAAAUGCGAUGACGACUCCUUCGUGAUGCUUGCCGAACUGGAAGCUCGCUUGCGCAUCGAGCUCCACACCACCGGAAGCAACCUCACGAACAAGCCGACGUUGCUCAUGCCGUACGGGGACAUUGGGUCCUCUCUGCAAUCACCCCUCGCGACGCCAACUCACGUCCCCGCUGACGACAGUUCAGCGACGUCUCCGCCGUAUCCUAUCGACGCGGAGCGCGCCGUGAUCCCGCCCACGGCAUUGACAUCCUACGUGCGCGCACCACCGCCGGACACGCCGCCACCGCCGGCGCACCCCCCGUCGUCUCUCGACGAUCCACUCAUCUACUGGGGAUACCUUGUCAAGAAUCGUUUCAUGGGCGGCGAGCUGUACGCCCUCUCCUGGGCGCUCGUCGACUGGGUCGCGACCGAUCCUGGUGUGAAAGGCCACCUGCGCGGGGCCGAGGAUAAACAGACGGCCAAGUGGAUGAACGCGCAUCCGCGCGCGCAUGAGAUUCGCUGGAAGAGCGAAAGGUGUUGGAUGUACGAUCACCCCAGAUCGGGGACCGUGUAUUCGCAUGGCUUCCUUUUCCCUUCGGAGGUGACCCGUGUACGGCAUUCCAUUAUGUCGUACCUCGGUAAGAGUGCGCAGGACAUCCUUGGGUCGCCAUGGGUGCCUGCCAUCGCCGUCAAUGCGCCUACGCCCCCGCAGUGGGCACAUUCGAGCGUGUCGACGUUCGGCGUGCGAUACAACGAACCGGUGUGGAAUUUGACCACGGCGCAGAGUGUGGAAGCGAUGGUGGAAGGUAGCUCCAUGAGCAUGCUGCAAAACGGAAGCCCGAUGACCCCAGAGUACGCGUUCGCUCGCCGUGAAGGCAGGCGAAAGCGAUACGAAGGCGCCCGUGUGGGCGGUACGGUCGUGGUACAUUUUAUCAAGAAGCACAUGUGGUUCCUCGAGACCGCACUCGCGCUGCUUGAGGGCGAUGAGGUUACGGAGCUGGAGCAUACCGAGGACCUCAUUGGCCUGGGCAGGACACGGCCGAACAACAUGGCGAGCGCCGCUUCGGACGAGGCGACGCCAACCUCUAUUUCUACUACAACGUCCCAGAGCGAAGGCGACGCAACGCUCACGGACAGCGAAAACGAGUCAACUUCCACGGACAUGAUCGACCAAAACCAGGGCGAGAACGUCGCCCGGCAUACCUCGCCCUGGGCGAACAGGAGGAAGUACAAGCAAUCAUAG